AACUACCCCUUUAUCAUUAAUUAUACACAAAUGAUGGGGUUAGUUUUUUUCUAGCAUUUUAAAAUUUUUUUUCUGGAGGUUAUUAUUAUUAUUAUUAUCCAGAAGGUGGUGAUUUGAUCUGAUCAAGAAUGGGUUCUUGCUGAAUUUUUAUUGGGUUUAUUCUCAAAAAACCUAAUAGAAAUUCAGUAUUUUUCUUGUUGAAAAAGGUCUUUCUUGUAUUGAAGUUUUUUGCAACUCAUAAAAGGUAAAUGGAUCAAUUUAGGCAAAUUGGUGAAGUAGUUGGGAGUUUGAAGGCUCUUAUGGUGUUGAAAAAUGAUAUCCUAAUCAAUCAAAGGCAAUGUUGUUUUCUAUUUGAUAUGUUUGUUCAUUCUUUUGAUACCAUUUCUGAAGAAAUCAAACAUAAUUUAAGGUUAAAUGAGAGUAAUAUAAAGUGGAAAGCUCUUGAGCUACCUAUGAAAGAGCUUCAUAGGAUCUUUAAAGAAGGCGAAUCGUACGUAAAAUAUUGUUUGGAUGUUAAAGAUUUGUGGGGGAAAGCCAUAAGUCUCCAUAUGAACAGAGAUUGUGUUGAGUUUCAUAUUCAUAACUUGCUGUGUUGCUUCCCUGUUGUUAUUGAAGCUAUUGAGGCUGCUGCAGAAAUCUCGGGGUUCGAUGAGGAGGAAAUGCAUCAGAGGAGAACCGCGUUAAUGAGGAAAUACGACAGGGAGUUGAUUGAUCCGAGGUUUUUCCAGUGGAUGUCUGGGAAGCAGUAUUUGGUAACUCGCGAAAUAUGUAGCCGGUUGGAGAGUUGUUGGAAAGAGGAUAGAUGGUUGCUUAUCGAUGUGAUAAGGCAAAAGAAAACAGAAACUUUGUUGAAGUAUGAACAAAGGCUUGGAGACUUAUUGUUAAGGAAAUUAGAUGGUGUUGAACCAAUUAACAAGAUAUUGUUGCCUAGUUCAAUCUUAGUCGGAUCAAACGAUUAUCAUGUAAAGAGACGUUUAGGAUCGUGGGGUGGACAUGUUAAGGAGAUACAAUGGUUAGGAGAGAGUUUUGCUCUGAGGAACUUUUUCGGAGAGCUUGAACCGUUACAUGAUGAGAUUUCUUUGGUGUUUUCUUUAUCCCAUCCCAACAUUCUGCAAUAUCACUGUGGUUUUUAUGAUGAAGAGAGGAAAGAAGGGUACCUUGUUAUGGAGCUGAUGAAUGAUACUCUUGCGACGUACAUAAAAGAUCAUUCUGGUCAGAGGAAGAGACCGCCUUUUUCAACGUCUGCUGCAGUUGAUAUUAUGCUUCAGAUUGCAAAAGGGAUGGAGUAUCUACAUUCGAGAAAGAUUUAUCACGGAGAAUUGAACCCGUCUCAUGUACUUCUUAGAGCAAGGAAUUCCUCAGCAGAGAGCUAUUUUCACGCGAAACUAAAAGGCUUCGGCUUAACUUCAAUCAAAAGUACUUAUAAGACUGCCAGCCACAAUGCAGCUAAUUCCGUUAUAUGGUUUGCCCCGGAAGUUCUUGCUGAACAAGAAAAACCAGGAAGCAAGUGUGCCUACAAGUACACAGAGAAAGCUGAUGUUUAUAGCUUCGGAAUGAUUUGUUUCCAAAUUUUGACAGGGAAGGUUCCGUUUGACGAAGGACAUUUGCAAGGGGAGAAAGUCGUGCGGAAUAUCAGAGCAGGGGAGAGGCCUCUCUUCCCAUAUCCUUCACCUAAAUACCUUGUGAACUUAACAAGAAGAUGUUGGCAUACCAAUCCAAAUCUUCGUCCACGUUUCUCAUCUCUAUGCAGGAUUUUACGGUACAUCAAGAAGGUCCUUGUCAUAAAUCCAGAACAUGGCCAGCCUGAAACUGCCCCUCCACUUGUAGACUACUGUGAUAUUGAGGCUAGCUACUUGAAGAAGUUUGCUGAAGAGGAGAGCACGAGUUUGACCCCGGUAUCACAGAUUCCUUUUCAAAUGUUUGCUUACCGGCUCAUUGAGAAAGAGAAGAUUUUUGGAAAGAACUGGGAUCCAUCAAAUGAUGGUUUUUCGGUCCAUAGGAGAGCAUCAUUGCUGAGUGAUGACGGGCAAUUGUCUGCGAUGGAUGAUCUCUUUCUUGCACCGAGUGAUGGAAGGUCAGUUUGCUCCGAGAUAAUUGACAGGAAAGAUUCAAGAUUGUUUGAUCAGAGGUCAGCUAUCUCCGAGAUACCACAUAGAAGGCUUCUCUUAUUCGAUCAAACAUCAGUUGGUUCUGAGAGUCCGGAGAGGAGAUUCUCGUCUGUGGCAAAAGCAGAUGAAACACUUUUCUUUGCUGAUAGUCCGGACAGGAAAGGAGCAGUAUCAUCACCAAUAGUUAAUAGGUCACCACGCAUUGACACACUAGAGAAAAAGAUCAUUUCAUCGAUUAGCAAGAACCAAAGACUCAAAUUUUUAGCCAACCAAGAGAAGGCAAUGUCUCCAAAAGCAGGCGAUGAAAAACCUUCAUCAAGCAUAGCUGCUGCGCAAAAUUUAGCAUCUCCACCGACUUCAGAGGAGAUGAAACCAGCUGAACAAAAUUUAGUAUCUCCACGGACUACAGAGACGAAGAAAUCAGCUGAGCCAAAUUUAGUAUCUCCACGGACUACAGAGAUGAAGAAAUCAGCUGAGCAAAAUGUGGUUUCUCCUCCGAUUUCAGAGAAGAAAAUUUUAUCUUAUGAUCAGAAACCGACUAGUUCUGAGACUCAAGAAAAGAAAAAUGAAUCAGUUGAUCAGAAACUAAUCAGUUCAGAGGCUCAUGAGAAGAAACAUUCAUCUGAUGAUCAGAAAUUACGACGUUCAAAGACUUCAGAUCGGAAAAAGUCAUUAGCUGCCAAUGACAAACCACUUCAUGGCGAGGAGAUGCAAAGGAAAAGUUUGAGAACCCGGAGAAUAAACCAAAAGUUAUUCAACAUUGUAGAUAAGAAAGUUCCCGAUUCUAAUCAAAUUUCAAUUUCAUCCGAGAAUCACGAGAAAACUGCAUCCAAGUCCAUCAACCAAACGACAGCAGUCAAGAAAGAUUCAUCGCGUAACAAAGUGCAGGACACAAAGACUAGCACUAUACCAGAGAAACUGAUCGACGACUCACCAAGAUCUUCACCAGCUAGAGUUAAUAGAAUACAUUCAUCACCAAUGUCUUCUCCAACACGAUCCCCAAAGACAUAUUCAAGAUCACCAGCAAUCGUCUCAAAGGGAUACGGAUAUCAAUCCCCAAGUUCAUCACCAUUAAAUCCAUGUUCGCGAUGUUCAAGAGUAAACCGAGAGUGCCAAACUUCAGGUAUGAGCCCACAUAUACAGAGGAAAGCUCAUACCUCUCAUUCAGAGAUAGCUUAGCUCUUCAUCUGUCUUCCAAUGCAUGUUUGUACAGUCAAACCUCUCUAUAACAACAUC